CUAGCUGGGUUCUUUGAUUUUUAUUGUUUAUUGUAGGAGUAAAUUCUUGUUGAUUAGUUUGAUACUUAUUUUUACUAUUGGCGUGCUGGUGCUGGACUGUGUCCGUUACCCGCCGCCAUGAUUAGGCAGCUUUUAGACGUCGUCGGACUCGGCAAGUCCGUCGACGAGCUGGGGAGAAUGGACAAGCGUCAGCUCCUCUUCCAAACACUCAAUUUUGGAAUGAUAGUUUCAUCAGCACUGAUGAUAUGGAAGGGUCUGAUGGUGGUUACGCACAGUGAAAGUCCUAUCGUAGUGGUUCUCAGUGGUAGCAUGGAGCCAGCGUUCUACAGAGGUGAUCUUCUCUUCCUAACCAACUAUCAGUCGGAGCCCAUCCGCGUUGGCGAGAUCGUUGUGUUUCGCAUCAAGGGUAGAGAUAUUCCUAUAGUGCACAGGGUUCUCAAGCUUCAUGAGAAGGAGGAUGGAACGAUAAAGUUCCUGACGAAAGGAGACAAUAACAUGGUAGAUGACCGAGGCCUGUACGCGCCGGGACAGAUGUGGCUAGAACGAAGUGAUGUGGUGGGCCGAGCGAGAGGGUUUGUACCGCACGUUGGCAUGGUUACGAUAGUGAUGAAUGACUACCCAAAGUUGAAGUACGUUCUACUGUCGGUGCUGGGCCUGUUUGUCCUCCUACACCGCGAAUGAGACCAAAGCCCGUCGUGUACGUGUACAUACUUGCCACGUUUUUAUGUCCAUAACUUUCACUGAUCGUCAUACUGCAAAGAUUUUCAUUCGGAGAUACACACCUCUCCAGCCCCGACUCAGGGGUAUGCCACUGAUCUGAUUUGAAUUUAUCAUUCUGCCGUUGUAUCAGUGCAUCUAGGCAAAUGCCUUGGGUAUCAUAGUUUUGCUCUCCUUCGCAUGAUCACGCUUUUUGUUCAUUUUUCUCCGCCACUUACAGUGCAACAUGGCUUCUAAAUAAACGGGGAGAUGGUAGAAAAUGUUUCAUUGGAAGUAUGGUGUACCAGUGUCACUGAGGGCUUCUGUGGGUGGAGGUGAUAGAUCCUUGACUUGGGCUAGCGUACGCACAUGUACAUGAUGAGCUGAAAGCCAACCUGCUAAAUCCAUUUCAUCGCUUUUCGGAUAAUGGCCGAAAAGAAUUCAUUUUAUGUGCGGUUUGUAUCUAAGCCCAUAGUUGGGUUCCAGUUUUCAGAUGGUUCCAGUCAGGUUUUGAA